UAGCCGAAGCACCGAGCAUGCACGCGAUUUUCGCAUUUUUCCCUUUAUUAUGGUAACAUGUUGUAUGUUGCUUGAGUGACGCAAGUUGAAUCGUUGAAUCGCCACUUUGACAGCAUUGCGUCUCAUUGUCAAUUGUCAGUGUCAGAUCAGUGACAGUGUUCAGUCUGUAUUGGUCUGUAUCGACGUGAGGUUGGGGUAGUUAGUCCGUACGCUCGACGGUAGGUUAGAGCGACGUCAGAUUCGUCUGGAUUCGUCAACCCCUUCUCCGUAGCAAGAAGACUCGUCGGCGCGCGUCGCUGGAGAGCGGGGCAAACUUAUAAUCCUUGCAUUAGUCGCGUCGCGCAAAGCGUGAUGGCUGCGUGUGUCGGGGAGCAGGUAUCCGUGGCGAACGCCGCGAAGAAACCCAUGUCGACCGGCAAGCCGUUGUGCUGGCAGCAGCGGUUGUUUGGUAAGCAACUUGUGCGUUGCAACCAGAUUAACGACGCGAGGAAGUCGAUCGACUCGACGAUUGCGUCGCUCGUCCAUGAGGAUGGCCGGCCGGCCUGCGAGAUCAUCGGCAUGUACUUCAGCUUCGUGAAUCCCGGUGCGACCUGCGACGACUUCACGCGUCAGCUGGUCGAGCUAUACACAAAUGUCAACGGCGCGGACAGCGGUGGCGGCGGCGACGAGCGCGACAGGAAGAAGAGAUUUGAGGUGGUGCACGUGGUACUCUGGAGCAACGUUACCGACGUGCUCGACUUCGAAGACAGCUUCCGCACUCAUGUAGCUGAUCUACCUUGGCUCGUCGUGCCGAACCGAGAUUACGAGAGAAAGACCAGGCUGACUCGAAGGUAUCGGAUAAAAGCAGGCGUACCGACGUUGAUCCUGCUAGAGGGGUCUAACGGUUCCAUAGUGACAAGAGGAGGCGUUGAACGAACAGUCGCUGAUCCCACCGGUCUAGAAUUCCCUUGGAGACCUCCGCAUCCAAAAGCUGCCCUUGAAGAUGGACCUCUCCUGCCAUGCGGUGCUCGUGAUAGCAAUGAACCUAUGUUGCAUGAGGAACUCCGCUACUGUUACAAGGGAGUUUACUUCAGCGCACAUUGGUGUCCACCUUGUAAAGCAUUUACUCCGCAACUUGUGGACACGUAUCAACGAAUUCGGGAGAGAGGUGGCAAUUUCGAAGUAAUUUUCGUAAGUUCGGACAGGAGCGAGGACUCCUAUAAUGCAUACACGGAAACAAUGCCUUGGCUAAGGAUACCUUUCAAUCAAGAAGAAAGACGUCGAAAAUUGGCAAGUGCUUUCGAUGUUCAAGCAAUACCGACUCUAGUCAUUCUGGAUUCUCGUGACAACAUAAUCACUCUAGAUGGACGCACCGAAUUAAUCGAAGAUCCAGAAGGACUGAAUUUUCCCUGGACAAGUAGACUGGUGAAUAUUUUAACAGAAAAAUAUGCUACGUCGUUACACGAUGCUCCAGCCAUUAUUUUAUUUGUCGAAGGAGAAGACUGUGAGAUUCAAUUCGGAGAAAGUGUAUUACUACCGGCUGCACAAGCGUACAGAAGGGAUCAGCCUGAUUAUGAUCCAAAUUAUGAUGACCCUGAGGAUGAUAUGUUACAGUUUUAUAUAGCUUUAGAUUGUGAAACGUCCGACAUUCUUCGUGAAUUUAUUGGUUUGGAUGAUGCGGUACCUCUUUUGACCGCCAUAGAUAUUCCGCGAGGAAUAUAUGCAGUGAUGGAAGACGGUGCUGAGAUUUCUGUGGACUCUGUACAACAGUUUGUUGAUAAAUUUCUUAACAACAAAUUGCCAAUAAAUAAAAUAACAGCAGUGCAUAAAACAUCAAAAGCAAAUGAACAUGUGCCAGCUUAA